GCAGCCAAAGACGCCUGGGUCUGGCAUCGAAUCACCUCCGUGGCUCCAGGAAAUGCUCUGGUAUGGGAGAAAUACAAACGUGGUCUACCCGUGCCUUACACGAUCUACCCCUGCCUGGAUGCGACGCGUGUCCAUGUGAAAGAGGCGAACAACCCGGACGGCUUCUACCACGCCAACUGGAUCCGCCCACCCAAUUCCGAUCAGCAAUAUAUCUUGGCUCAAAGCCCGAAUCAAACCAAUUCUGAAGAUUUCUGGGCUAUGGUAUUCCAGGAAAGGGUUACGUGCAUCAUGUUGAUCCGGCACGCGCAAGAAAAAGAAGAUUGGAAGGCGUACUACCCGGCGGAGGAGGGCGAAACGAAAUGUCUUGGUCGCUACGAGGUCGUCAACGUCGCGACUGGCAAGUUCAACUUCCGGUUGGGUAAAAAUUGGGAGGUAGCGGCCCGUCAUCUGCUGGUGACGAAAGAUGAUGGUGGCGAGCCGCUAGAAGUCACGCACCUCCACGUGUUGAACUGGGAAAAAUAUGACUGUCCGCGAGUGUGGCACGAGCUGAGCGAGUUGCUCGUCUACCUGCGGGACGUCAAGUCGGUUAGGACGAUGCUGGUCCACGACGAGCCAUUCACAGGCCGUUCGGAUACCGUGGUGCUCCUCGCCACGAUGAUCGACCAUAUGGACACGCUUGGGGAGCGUACUGACCUCGAAGCGAUGAAGCGCGGGACGUUUGAACGGUUGUGUUUGGGCCGCGCCUACGCUAUCGGGUCCCUUGCGCAGUUCAUCUUCUGCUGCGGGGUGAUGCAGCUGUAUUUUUGGGAGCGCUACGGGCAGGUACCGGACAACCACGUCGAUUACCCCCGGCUG